AUUAUUCAACGACACAUUCAAGGAGCUUCAUACAUCUCCUGCAUUAGUCAACACUCAGCAACUGAAACGUAUUGUUCCAUUUUGUUCUGUGACUUUAUAUUCGUGCUAAAAUCUCGCAAUGGAAACACAAAAUCCACCAUUCGAAAAGCCACGUUCAGUUGAUCCAGCCAUGACUUCAUGCAGAAAGAAGAAAUCAGAUGAUGCUGACUUUUUAGAGGAUCUGAGAGAUCAUAUUGAUGAAUUCAUUCACGCAUCGAUGGAUGAGCACAAGAAUUGCUUUCAGAAGACGAUUAAAAAGAUGUUCGGAAUGUCGAGGGCAGUCGCACAGAGAAAUGAAGAAAUUAAAGAAGCCGACAGUCUUUUGCCUCUUCAGAUAACCGUCAGCCAGGAGUCGUCCUAGUUGCAGCUAAGUACUACUGCAACUGAUGUUGAACAAAUAAAUAACAAGACUUUAAUUUAAACACUGUUGUUUCUUUCGUGCUACAGGCCAUGAUAUUUGAAUGCUGAGUCCAAACACUUAUCGUUUAAUGUUUUCUUAUUUCUUUUGCGUUCA